AUGGCUCCCACCAAGAAGGGCGAGGUCCCCCGUACCGGUCUUGCUACCGGUCUUAACCGCGGCUUCAAAACCACCGCCAGGGUCACCAAGCCCCGCGUUAGCACUACCAAGGGCCACCUCAGCAAGAGGACUGCCUUUGUCCGUGAGCUCGUCAAGGAGGUCGCUGGGUAUGUGGAUCCUUCAUUUGGUAUCGCCUCUCGAAAGAUGCGCUUGUUACUGACGCUGGAUAAUUCUCUUCGACUUAGCCUUGCCCCCUAUGAGCGCCGUGUCAUCGAGCUGCUGAGGAACGGCAAGGACAAGCGUGCCCGCAAGCUGGCCAAGAAGCGCCUCGGUACUUUCGGCCGUGCCAAGGCCAAGGUUGAGCAGCUCCAGAACGUCAUCGCUGAGGCCCGUCGUGCCGGCCACUAA